UUACAACGGAGUCUACGUAUUCUGUAAGAUAUUAAUCUCCAUCAUACAUAUUUUCCUCAACCCUAUGAGGAGCAAUAUCAUGACAGAUUUUGAAUUUAAUGUUUAAAUUCCUUUCAACUUGGAGACAUAUUAACUUGAUAUAUUCCUCUAAAAUUUUCCAUAAAUCAAUCGACAGUAACAAACAUGAAAUAAAAGUUUGCUUACCAUUGAAACCAUUCAGAAUAUUAAAUCAGGUCACUCAGAAAUUUGAUUAACAUCACAAUUGAUUGAUCACUGGGUGACCAAUGUCAUGCGUGUCUAGUCCUUAUUAUCAGUGCAGAUCGAAUGCUAUCGAUCAUGUUGCAAUGUGGCCACCAGUCUAGGUGACUGGACACCGCGGGAACUAUUGUAAGAUUAGAGGGACUAGAAGGACUAGUAUUAUUUAUUAUUUAUUUUAACACAUAAAUAUUGGUACAGGGGGCACCAAAUAUAUAUGCGCCACAAAAAACAAUGAUAAUUUGAAGAGAAGGAGAAAAGAGAAAAAAAAGCAAUGAACGUGGGGAAUUAUAAAAAAAAAGAGAGAAACAACAAUGGUGGGGGAAACGGAAAGGUACAAUCAGAAGAGAUCUUUCAGUUAAGGAAGAUACAACCACUUUUUAUGAAGAAAGUAAAAGAAGGUUACAGCAGGAUCGCCACUGGCUUCUAUUCUGAGCCAUAUCUGAUAACGUCUCUAGCCACUGCGUUACACCGUCUCUCGGACCCCAACCAGGGAGUCGUGAAGGACCAACAGAAGCUAGCCCUUUGCAGCUUUCUUUCAUACCACGACACCAUGUCAUAUACUGACCACCUCUCCGCUUUUUCCAACCAGUUCCAGAGUCGGCAAAUAAUGCACGACGUGGAAUUCUCUGGGACGACAUUCGUAGAACAUGUCCAAGCCACCGAAGUCGGUGUUUCAAGAUGGUGA